AUGGUAAAUAUCCAGAAAAAGCUUGAACAGAUCCAGCAGGACCACCAUGCAGUUCAUGACAUGAACAAGGACAAGCUGGCCGAAAUACUGUCAAUAGUUAGAGAAAAAAGGUAUCAGGAUCCGUCUACAUACUACCCGCAAUCCCUUCUCUCCAGGAUGCUCCCAAACUGCUACCCAAAAGCACCAAACGAGGGAAUUUUCAAGGUCAACAUAGAGGACAUGAAGAUGGAUAAUCUACAUGAGGAAACACUCUUCUAUAUUUUCUACACAUUUCCAAAUGAUAAGCUACAAGUAAAGGCCUAUGAUAAUAUUCUCAGAAGAAAGUAUAUCUUCUGCAGAAUGUACAAGUGCUUUGUAACAUUCAACGCUCCUCCAAUCGCCGACCAUGUUAAAAGAUCCAUUGUGAUGUUUGACCCAUUCAGCUGGUCCAAGGUAUCCAUAGAGGUUGUUUUCGACGAAAGGUUUAUUCGGUCGUUAGAGAAAUAA